UAUUCACUGAACCUUACUUGAUACAGUCACCGUCUCUGAGUAAUGGAGUAAGUAAGUAAAAAAAAAGCUGUGAUCUCUUCUUCCUUAAAACCCCAUUUCUGAAUCAUUCAUUCAUAAACUCUCCCAACCUCUCAAAACUCAAUUCCAUCAUACGCAGAUUAAAUAAAUAAAAAGAUGGGUUUUGCAAAGAAAGAGUAUGAAUUUCUGAAAGAACUAGGUCUCAAUUCAACCAAUCCAGGUUGUUUCAUUAAUGGUAAUUGGACUGGAAAUGGUCCUGUGAUUACUACUGUCAAUCCUGCUACUAAUCAGGUGAUUGCGGAAGUAGCAGAAGCGUCGAUUGAAGAUUAUGAGACUGGCAUGCAAGCUUGCAGUGAAGCUGCAAAGAUAUGGAUGCAGAUGCCUGCACCAAAGAGAGGUGAGAUUGUUAGACAAAUAGGAGAUGCACUGAGAGCCAAAUUAGAUCCUCUUGGUAGGCUUGUAUCGCUCGAGAUGGGCAAAAUUCUCCCUGAAGGAAUCGGGGAGGUUCAGGAAAUUAUUGACAUGUGUGAUUAUGCUGUUGGAUUAAGUCGACAGUUAAAUGGUUCAGUUGUGCCUUCAGAACGUCCAAAUCAUGUGAUGAUGGAGAUGUGGAAUCCUCUUGGCAUAGUUGGUGUUAUUACUGCUUUCAACUUCCCAUGUGCUGUUCUUGGAUGGAAUGCCUGUAUUGCAUUAGUCUGCGGCAAUUGUGUAGUUUGGAAAGGAGCCCCAACAACGCCAUUGAUUACUAUUGCUAUGACUGAAAUUGUAUCCGGAGUUCUGAAGAAAAACAACUUACCAGGUGCUAUCUUUACUGCUUUCUGUGGAGGUGCUGAAAUUGGUGAAGCCAUAUCAAAAGAUACACGAAUCCCUCUGGUUUCGUUCACUGGGAGUACUAAGGUGGGACUAAUGGUCCAACAGACCGUUAAUCAGAGGUUCGGUAAAUGCUUGCUCGAGUUAAGUGGCAACAAUGCUAUUAUAGUCAUGGAUGAUGCAGACAUUCCUCUAGCUGUCCGUUCUGUUUUGUUCGCUGCGGUUGGUACAGCUGGCCAACGCUGCACUACAUGUCGUAGGAUGCUUAUUCAUAAGAGUAUAUAUCAAACUGUGCUGGAUCAACUAGUUGGAGCAUACCAGCAAGUCAAAAUCGGGGACCCAUUAGAAACGGGCACUCUUCUAGGGCCACUACAUACUGAUACUUCAAAGAAGAACUUUGAGAAGGGCAUUGAAAUCAUUAAAUCCCAGGGAGGAAAGAUUCUUGUUGGUGGAACUACCAUUGAAUCUGAAGGAAACUUUGUGCAUCCAACAAUAGUUGAGAUUUCUUCAAGUGCACCUGUAGUAAAAGAAGAAUUAUUUGGUCCAGUCCUAUAUGUUAUGAAAUUUAAGACUCUCACCGAAGCAAUUGAGAUAAACAACUCUGUACCACAAGGAUUGAGUAGUUCGAUAUUCACACAGAGACCAAAUAUCAUCUUCAAAUGGCUCGGGCCACAUGGAAGCGAUUGCGGUAUUGUGAAUGUAAAUAUUCCCACAAAUGGUGCUGAAAUUGGUGGUGCUUUUGGUGGAGAAAAGGCUACUGGAGGUGGCCGUGAAGCAGGAAGUGACUCCUGGAAGCAAUAUAUGCGGCGCUCAACAUGUACAAUCAACUAUGGGAAUGAGCUUCCACUUGCUCAAGGAAUCAACUUUGGCUGAUGACGCUGGCACCCAGGGUAGCUGCACAUCCAUUCAUCUCACAGGAUACAUCUUCUCUGCAUAACUUCCGCAAAGAUCUAAUUUCCCCCACCUGCACCUGAAGUUAACGACGAGGUCAACUUGACCUGCCACCACUACCGGUAAAUUGUCAAAUAGUGAUCAAUGGGGAAUGUAUGCUAUGUAAAACAUUCAGGAAAAUAAAUGAAACAAAGAAUUUCCCCUUCCCGCACAUUUCAUCGUUUUCCUGCUCUGUAACUUUUCCUUCAUGGAGUACUGAACCCUUACAGACCUUGAACUAGGAGUUUCCUGGUA